AUGGAAGACUACUCUGAAAAUGCGUUCACCCCGAUAUUCGUAUCAGCUUCGGAUAUUUUGAAUUUGCGCACAGCUACGCAGUUUCGAUUCUAUGUCAUUUAUAUUGAUCUGGUCUGUUUGGUCUCGUUGCUUUUAUCGAUUUUUACAAUUCGCCAACUACGAGCCAAACAAAUUUUCAACAAAUCUAUCACUCAUUUACUCAUGGCUAGUUUGGUCUAUGGAAAUGUUCAUAAUGCUAAUUACACUAUUAUAGAGACCUGGUCUCUAUACCGUUCCUACUACUACUCAACCGACUCGAUUAAUAUCAUGUUCACCAACGAGGACUGCGUUCUUCUGCACAUCACAAAUUCAUGCCUUCGAUUUUUGUACAUUGCAAUUGAACUGGCACUUAAUGCUGAUAGAGUGAUUGUAAUACUGUUUCGAAAGUAUACACAUUGCUAUCCAACGAUUCGAGGCGAAGUCUUAAAUAUAAUAGCGGUCAUUGGUUCAUUUGCACUCGGCUGGAUACUUCAUAUUGAGGGUUAUCCGUAUAAGGGAAUCACAACGACGAGCUGUUUUCGAGAGACAGAUAUUACGAUAAACUUGAGAUCAACCAACCUAACUUCCUAUACAAUUCUAUCUGCAUCUUGCGCUCUAUUGGACUGUUUUAUGAUGUGGUACACUUGGAAUGAUCGGAAACACAGCUCAUUCGAUCUGAAAUCAAAGUAUCUCAAAGUGGAACAGCAUUAUUCGCUUUUGGCGGUUUCUUUGAAUUCGCUCCUUCAAUUAUUGGUCACUUUUAUUUAUACGAUUAGUAUACAACUCCCUACUCGAGUUAUUAGUGCCAAUUCAAAUUUCAUUCUUCAUUCAGUGGAUCGGGAAUCGUCGGAAGCGACGUAUCAAUCACGUCAUCAAAGAAUCCUUCACCCAAGAAUCAUAUUUUAA